UUUUUUCCCUAGCCACAAAUUUGUGUUGUAACUACAAGAAGAUUGAUAUAAUUUUGCAUUCUUAUGCCAGUUUUUCUUUACAGGUGAUUUUUUUUUUUUUUUUUUGCACAGACGUCUUCCUUGAAGAACUUUGUACAGUUAUUGAAGGAUGGCAGAAGCCGUGUUGAUUGAUCUCUUUGGUUUGAAAUUGAACUCUCAGAAAAACUAUCAUCAGGCACUACUGAAGACAUUGAAUGCUGUUCGAUGCUACCAUGCUGCCAAGGCCAAGUUCCUUUGCAUAAUGUGUUGCAGUAACAUCAGCUGUGAAAAAGAUGGUGACGAUGAUAAUUGUGAAUUAAAAACAAGCAAUGGAUUAUCAACUCUCUUGAGAGAAUUUGAGACUGUUAGCAAUCCCAGCAUGGCUGCCUGUUUGUAUACCAUUAAACAAAAAAUUGAUGAAAAAAAUCUGAGCAGCAUUAAGGUAAUUGUACCCAUAUAUCGGAAGACAUUAAUGAAGGCCUUUAUUGAUCAGCUCUUCACUGAUGUUUACAAUUUUGAGUUUGAAGAUUUACAGGUGACUUUGAGGGGAGAUCUUUUGAAACAGUCCACUGAAAUAAACAUGAUCACAGCUCAAGAACUAGAAGCAAUCCAGAAUGAAAUAGAAACAUAUUUGAGAAGUCUGCCAGCACUGAAAGGAGAAUUAACCAUUAUCACAUCUCCUUUGAUCUCAGAUAUUUUCAUACAUGGAUUUACUACAAGAACAGGUGGGAUAUCUUACAUACCAACUCUUAGCUCAUUCAAUCUCUUCAGUAGUUCCAAACGGAGAGAUCCCAAGGCUGUUGUUCGAGAAAAUCUGCGGAGGUUGGGGAAUGUGGCAGGAUUUAAUGCAGAGAAAUUUUACCGAAUAAAGACUGAUCAUGCCAAUGACGUGUGGAUUAUGGGAAGGAAGGAGCCUGAAUCUUAUGAUGGAAUCACCACAAAUCAGAGAGGAGUCACAAUAGCGGCUCUUGGUGCUGACUGUAUACCGAUAGUUUUUGCAGAUCCUGUCAAAAAAGCAUGUGGGGUUGCUCACUCUGGUUGGAGAGGUACUUUGUUAGGUGUUGCUAUGGCUACAGUGAAUGCUAUGAUAGCAGAAUACGGCUGUAGUUUAGAAGACAUUAUUGUUGUACUGGGACCUUCAAUAGGACCUUGCUGUUUUACUCUUCCAAGGGAAUCAGCAAAAGCAUUUCAUAAUCUUGAUCCCGGAUGUGUACGGCUAUUUGACUCGCCACAUCCCUAUGUUGACAUUUGUAAAGCCACCAGGAUUCUUCUAGAACGGGGAGGAAUUCUUCCACAGAAUAUUCAGGACCUGAACCAAGAUCUCAGCCUUUGUACAUCCUGCCAUCCUGACAAGUUUUUCUCCCAUGUCCGAGAUGGCCUUAAUUUUGGUACACAGAUUGGCUUCAUAUCAAUUAGAGAAUGAGAUACUUGACGGGAUUUUUGCAUAACUGUUUUCUGCCUCCUUCCAAACUGACUGCAAGAGAGAAAUUUAGCUGUUUGAUUUACUUAAAACCAAAAGUAUUACAUGGAUAAUUCCUCUUUAGGGUGUAUUUUCACUAUUAUCCAAAGCCAAAUGAUUUUCAUUUGAUUCUAACAAUAAUUGACAAAAAAAUCAGUGUGAUGUAGCUUAUAUGUUAUACAGAUAAGGAUUAUUUUUAAAGUUUGUUCUGUUUGUUACAUAAACAGGAAUAGAUCUGUUCAGUUCAGUAUUUAUUGAGCAGCCUGUAUUUGUCAACCAUUGUGUGAAGCAUAGGUGAAAUCAAAACGAAUUAGACUUUUUCCUUGUGCAUCUAACGCAGUGGAGGAGAUAAACACUUGUAACACUUUAAUUUUAAUAGCAGAAGAGUACAGAAGAAGGAAGGAUUAAUUCUGUCUGGAAGGCAGGAUAGAGAAGAUAUUACAGAGAAAAUAACUAUCAUAUGGGCCUGAAGGCUGUACAGGCUUUUGACAAGUGAAGAACAACCAUAACAGGUGGCGGGAACACCAGGAACUAGGGCAUGAAACUGGAAGUGUUUAAAAUGCCCUAGAAGGAGAAGGGUGUGGUCAGGAGCUACAGGAAAAACAGGUUGGAAAAAGAUUAGUUAGGGUCUCAAAUGCCAUGUCAAAAGAGUUAGGAGUUUAUUUUCCAGGCAAAGAAUAGGCAUAAAAAGUUGGGGAGUGUUUUUAUCUCCUUGGCAUCAUAUUUAACAGGAUGGAUUUAAAUUGUGGAAGACCAAAGCAGAGAGACUAGUUAAGAGUCAGUCAAAAUACUUUAAAAAAGAAAUAAUGAAACCUGAAUGCAGUGGAAAUUAAAGUGGAGAAGAGAGUAGAUGGAUUAGAGAGACAUUUCGGAGAUGGCAUCCACAGCUCCUGUUACUAGAUAAUAGAGAUUGAGAGGUGAGGAGGAGUGAAGAAGUCAUUGAUGUCGCCUUCAUUUCUACUUGGCUGACUACCAAGAUUGGCAACAAAGAGGGACAAGGGAGAAGGGUAAUGAGUUUGACAUGAGACUGAAGGACAUCCGGAUGGAAAUAGUUGGUCAACAAUUAGAAAUAUAGCCCUGGGACCUAGGACGGAACUGGGAAAAAGACACAGAUUUAGAAGGUGGUUUUGCAGAGAUGAUGCCUGAGUCUGUUGGAGUAGGCUAAAAUCUAGGCGGCAAUAUAGGGUGAG